AAGUUCUACUACCAUCAUACAAGAGGACCUUGCUGUGGAGUCACACCACCCUCAAUAGCUUGUGUUUUCAUUCCCUUGCCUCCAUGGAAUUGGACAUUGGAGUCACUCAUUCAGAUCUGACUCUUGUAGAGUCCUGGUUUGCAUCUGACACAUCUACUGGGUACCUUGAAGAUGCUAUAGCUGGCUGGGGUAUUUGGUGCAAGCAACACAACUUACCCUCCUACUCUCAAGAUCAAAGGGUUAACUGUAAAAGCCAAUAUUUGGUUGAUCAGGAAGAUCUAUUUCCAACAUUUUCUUCCACAACAUCAGAAAUCCUUCAUGACCGUAAAAAUUUCAGCACUAGGAACCUAUCAUCGUCACAAAAUGGUACACAUGCAGCUGCUGCAGCCAAGCUUGAUUCUGCUCAGAGGAACUGUGCAUCUAAAGAGUCAGAUGAAAAUGAUGCUUUAGUUUUAAGGAGUCAUCGGAAGAAAAUAGCUCAUCCAUUUGAGUUGGUGAAGCCUGGAGGAGUUGAAGGGGAAACAACCCUCAAAGAUAUAAAUCACCAAAUGCUUACGAGUCCAUCAAAGCGAAUUCCACACCCUGUGGAAAACAAUGUCACUCGUUCAUGCAUUUCAAACCGUGGUUUUGGCAUUUCAGGUAAAGCAGUGACAGCCCUUACUAGGAUUCAUACCCAGGGUAGAGGCUCCAUUACCAUUAUCAGGACCAAGGGUUGAAUUCAAGAGAAAGCUCAGUACAUUAUGAAUUUCCACCUCAUAAUCUCAGCAAAUUUUACAACAAGGAGAGAGAAGUGUGAGAUAAGACAGGUAAUGUAAGAUAGAGAUGAAAUUUUUUUUUAAUGAUAAAGUAUUAUGAGAAUAUGAAGUAGAAAUAGUAUUAUCCAUGUAUAAUAUUGUCUUUGGGUUUUGUGUUAUACUCCUAGUGAUGGCUUGAUAGUUCAUACCAAAUAUGCAAAAAUGCACUGAGGAAAGAAGGUGUUUAUUGCUGUAUAAAUUUGAAAUUUUGAAUGGUGAUAUAUUUUGAU